AUUUCGUUGAUAAAUAUUCAAAUGUGCCAGACAGAUUUCGAGUCGAAGUUUUUCGGGGAGCGUAAAUCGAGAUUUUACUCUUUUAACUCGGAUUAUGUUUACGUGGAGACGUCCCCAAACAGUCCUUAUUUUAUAAGGCGAAUCGAGGAGCUAAAUAAAAAUCAAUCUGGCAACGUGGAAGCAAAAGUGAUGUGCUUCUACAGAAGGCGUGAUCUUCCGAAUCCUCUGGUUCAAUUAGCAGAUAAGCACCAACUGGCAGCCGCAGAAGACUCACCUCUGGCAAUGAAACUGAAAAGAACAUGGCUUAGAACACCAGUAGGAGAAGAGCAAGCCGCUCAAGCAGUACUAGAUCCUUCCAUAGCUGCAUUAGAUGAUGAACGCGCAAGUCCUGUAAAUAUUACCAUAACCGAAAAAUUAACAGGUGGUAACAACACGGGAUUGUCUGCAGAUAAGGGAGAACAUUUAACGGCUAAACAACGUUAUCAGAUUAAGCAUCGCGAACUGUUCUUAUCACGUCAAGUUGAAUCCAUACCCGCCACUCAAAUACGAGGCAAAUGUUCAGUGACAUUAUUAAACGAAACCGAAUCACUGCAAAGUUACCUCAAUAAAGACGAUACGUUUUUCUAUUGUUUGGUAUUUGAUCCAACACAAAAAACCUUAUUGGCUGAUAAAGGUGAAAUACGUGUAGGAAGUCGCUAUCAAAGUGAAAUACCACCUAAACUUAAAGACUUCGUCAUCGAUGAGCGAAAGCUGGAAGAUUUGGAAACAUUGGUAUGGACUUCAAAUCAUGGUUUAACAGAUCGUAAAAUCGAUCAAUUUCUGGUUGUAUCCCGUUCCAUCGGUACGUUCGCGAGAGCACUCGACUGUAGCAGUUCUGUGAAACAGCCAUCAUUGCACAUGUCAGCGGCGGCUGCAAGUCGCGAUAUCACGUUGUUUCAUGCGAUGGAUACUUUGCAUAAACACAAUUAUUCCAUUGAGGGAGCCAUGUGUUCCUUAGUUCCCUCUACUGGCCCAGUGCUCUGUCGUGAUGAAAUCGAGGACUGGAGUGCUUCUGAAGCCAAUCUUUUUGAAGAAGCAUUAGAUAAAUAUGGCAAGGACUUUAAUGACAUACGACAAGAUUUUCUACCUUGGAAGACUCUGAAGCAAAUAAUUGAAUAUUAUUAUAUGUGGAAGACGACGGAUCGUUAUGUGCAGCAAAAGCGCGUUAAGGCUGUGGAAGCCGAACUUAAACUUAAACAAGUAUAUGUACCCCAAUACAACAUCACAAAAAGUGGCACGAGUUCAAAGUGUGCAAGUAUUUAUAAUGGUACAACGAACAAUGUGGAUGUCGUCAACAUGGGCAAACCUUGCGAAUCUUGUUCAUCAAUUAAAUCUGCGCAGUGGUUUCCCUGGUCUAACGGUCAUUUAUUAGGCCGUUUGUGCCAAAUUUGUUGGGACUAUUGGAAAAAAUACGCUGGGCUUAAAAACGGCAACAAACAAGAGAUGAGUCAAAUGGAUGAGUCUAAAAGAAAACCUGGUGACGACGAUGAAAAAGUUAGUGAUUUAUCUAGCAGACAAUUACACAAAUGCUCAAUUGUCAAUUGCGGCAAAGAAUUUAAACUAAAAACUCAUUUGGCAAGACAUUACACGCAAACGCAUGGUAUAGCUAUUAGUUCGGGUUCACCCAGGCCAAUAAUGAAAACCCGUACAGCAUUUUAUCUACAAACGAAUCCUAUGACGAGACUAGCACGUAUAAUUUGUAGAAAUCUUAUAAAACCUAAGAAAGCUGCUAGACAAACAUCAUAUGCAAUCAAUACGCAAUUGAUAAAGCAGGAAUUUAAUGCUCGCGUUACUGUUAGGUCUGCAGCUGAGAUUAAAAAGUUACUGCUACUUAAGAAAAAAGAACGAGGCAGUGUAACGAAAAUUGCAAAUAGACUCGGCUCACCAGGUAUAGGACCUCAUGAAUGGUUGAUACUCACACCGAAAGAUAAAUUGCCAAAACCUGAUGUGGUUUCAUUUCCUAAACCACCAAAAGCUUCUGAUGGUAGCCUGGUUUACGAUCGUGUACCAAAUAAAAUAAUAGAACUCGAGAAAGAUUUAACAAUUAUACCAUCAACAACGCCAUCUUCAUUAAGGAAGAGAGUUCACGAAGAAGCACAACUUAAUGGUACUGAAGUUACAAUAAUACCUACUGGACCACCAACCAAGCGCCCGAAUAAAGAUCCGAUGCCUUCACAUUGUCCGAGCCCUGAGCAGUUUGCCGCUAUAAUGGCUGCCUCUGGUCAACCGUUGCCCCGUCAUCAUCUGAACGGUAAACCGAAAAUUGCCCAAAUGGCGCGAACAGGUAAUGGUCGCAAACAAGUUAUUAGCUGGAUGGAUGCUCCUGACGAUGUGUAUUUUCGGGCGACAGAAGCAAGCAAGAAAGCGCGAAAAAUCCUGUUGCCUAUAGUUUUAAAACGCGCGGCUCGAAAGCCUUGGCGCAAUAUUGCUAUUCCUAAACCAUUAGUAACGAGCAGGCCAAUGGAAUCGCAAGUUGUUAUAUUAGACUGACCGUCAUCAGCUACUCCAUUGUCUCAAUUCGCAUCAACAUCAUUAUCACCAAUGAUUGCUGAAAAACGGCACGUGCAGAGUCAAAAUAAAUUUCAACAUCAACAAUAUCAGUGUCCUCAUCUGCCACAGUCAUAUCUCAAUACACAUCAACAAUCUCCACUUAAGCAAACUCCUCCACCCU